AUGCCAUUCCCUUCAGCCGUGCCGCACUAUCCUAUACCGCGCAUCGCCACUCUGGCCAAUGGCCACGGAAUAAUGAUCGAGCCUCGCCCAUACAACCUUGAAACUGAGCCUUUGCAGCAAGUAGCACCACUCAGUGAAAAGCUCCCCUUUCCUUGUCAAGGACGCACAGAGCAUGCUGAAAACAGGAGUGUUCUUACCGCAGGCUCAAACCAGACUGUAAAAUUCUGGAUAUCCGCGGUCCAUGGGGGUGGAAGCUGCCAGUUCAGCAUAACGUACGAUUACCCGCCCCCUGCUGACAUUUCUAAAUGGAAGACACUAUACACAAUCAUCGGAGGCUGUCCCGCAGAGGCCGCAGGAAAUCUGGAAACAGUUGAAAAAGACAAGUCAGGCAGAGAAAACGGACGACAAUGCGGCAAUUCCAGCGGCAGUGAGUGUGUCCGCCAAUUUGAUGUCCCGAUUCCAAGUGGACUCGCAAAUUCUGAACAAGCUACAUUCGCGUUCACCUGGUUUAACAAGAUCGGCAACAGAGAGAUGUAUAUGACAUGUUCUCCUGUGAAAAUUGUUGGGGGUACAAAUGACAAGGCGUUCAUGGACUCGCUGCCCCCAGUCUUUCAGGCCAAUAUCCCAGGCACAUGCGAAACUGGCGAAAGUGGCCAGCUGCUGAAUAUUCCAAACCCUGGAAAAUUUGGCAAAGUCUACGCUGAGCCUAGCCCAAAAGGAAAUGGGCAAUGUCCUGCGGCGGACCCUCCAUCCUUUGUUGAUGGAGGAUCGCAGAACAAUGCCAGCACGGCUGGCUCAACUGUUACUCCGACCAGCCUUCCGACGUCCCAGAGUUCAUUCAAAACCGUUACGACGUCAGCAAGUGCCAGCCAAAAGUCAAACUAUUCUAACAGCAUCAAGCCUUCAGCAAGGACUACCGCAUCCGAGAUCGCCCCCACCAUUGUCAACGGCAUAUACUACCGCAACUUCCUCCCAGACAAUGAUCCUUACAACCCAAACCCACCAAAAGUCAUGGGAUGGACAGCUGGUAAUACCGAUAAUGGUUAUGUGGCACCCGAUGCUUUCCAGUCCCCUGACAUUAUCUGUCACAAGUCAGCUACCCCAGGCAAGGCCCACGUUGCUGUCCAAGCAGGUGAUUCCAUAUCAAUUCAGUGGAAUACGUGGCCUGACUCCCAUCAUGGCCCUGUUGUCGAUUACUUGGCUAAGUGCAACGGACCUUGCGAAACGGUGGACAAGAACUCACUCAAGUUCUUCAAGAUCGAUGGUGCUGGGCUCGUGUCGGGCUCUAAUCCUGGCUACUGGGCUGAUGAUGCACUGAUCGCCAACGGUCUCUCCUGGCUGAUCAAUAUCCGAGAAGAUAUUGCUCCGGGAAGUUAUGUUCUUCGUCACGAGAUCAUCGCCUUACACGGAGCAAACCAGGCCAACGGAGCCCAGGCCUAUCCACAGUGCUUUAACCUCGAAAUCUCUGGGACUGGCACCUCCCAGCCCUCAGGUGUGACCAACUUUGAUCCCUGGUGCGGUGAGCUCGGGGCCACAGAGCAAGUCGAUCGCGACGGUCACGUCCAGUGCCACGACACCAGGCCAGACAACGCUGGCGACUACAGUUUCCAAGACUUCAACUACGCGCCCGACUACGGUAACACCCACUACAUCGGCUGGAAAUACCCUGACAACCUCGACGGCUCAAUUGAGCCCCAUGUCCACAUCGAGGACGACUACGGCACCGGUGACAAUGCCGGCCACGACACAGCCUCCUGCGGCGGUGGGCCAAACACAGUGGGGUCAAUGCGGUGGAUCCAACUAUCCUGGCCCAACCUCGUGCUACGGGUCCAACUACUGCUCGACAGUCAACCCUUACUACGCUCAGUGCGUGCCGGGCCCGGUCGGAGAUGGCGACGGGCAGACCCUCUAUGGCCAAUGUGGGGGCCAAGGUUGGAGCGGCAAGACUUCCUGUCAGGCACCCGCUACCUGCUCUGUCUUCCAUUCGUAUUAUGCUCAGUGUUUGUACUGAGCUCCCAAAGCGUUUGA